AUGGAGUUACUACGCAAUAAAGCCUCCAAACAAACCGACACUUCCACUGGCUUAGCAACAUGUGUCGGUUUUUCCACUAUUGGCCUGAUUGGUUAUGGCCUGUUCAACUACUUUGUUGGGUACACAGGUGGCCUCAUUGCUGAUGAAGUCGACAUCGAGAACUUGCAGACAGCCCAGUGGCAGAUGCUGAUCAUCAUGUGGCUGGUUGGUGGCCUGCCAGGUUUAGUCUGCUAUUUCUCUCACUGGGUGGUAUGUGGCCGUGUGGAAUUCAUCUGGAGCAAGUCGACUUAUGCUGACUCCAUCACUACGAUGACUAAACUCCUCACAUUUUCUGAAGGCGUCAUCCUUGCAGUGUCGUCUACCCUCGUCAAGCAAGCGUUUGCGUUCUCUUCACCAGCCGAUAAAGGUCCUGUAGCCGCUAUAGUUUGUUCGACGGUCGUCACUUCAUUCUCAACCACUACUUGGCUUCUUAUUUGCGAUCUUGGCUAUGACUGGAAUGUCUACAUUGACGUUACUCAUGCGGUAUAG